GUUGUUGGCAACCAUGCUAUACUAUAAACAAAAAGGAGACUCCCCAUUUCGUUCCUGCACUUCUCAUCUCGAAGAAGCAGCUGAUGCUGAUGGCAAUUCCUUCAGUACUGCAAGGUCUCUUUCCUGAUAACUGCCACAGAGAUGUGUGCAUAGAGCAAUUCGGAGAGUGUGAGACGCCGAUCAAACCACUCAAAUCUCGCCGCCCCACCUGAUCUGCUGGCAAAAUGAGCGAGAGAAAAUUCGCAAAAGCCCUGCGGAAGCCAGGCAUGGCUGCCCAUUUACGGGAAACAAUGUCUCAGGUUGUGCGGGAAACUUCAUCACAUGUCCCUGCACCUGAGAUUGUGACACCGAUUGAAUAUGAAGCCUUUAUAUUGAAAAACAAAACUUUACUUCAAAACGACCCGCAGAGAGAGCUUCUUUUAUACCCAUCAGACGAUGUUUCGCAAGUUAUACUGCCUCGCAAAUUUCGAACGGUGCUGCCUCCUCUGCCAGGGUGUGUGGUUGCGGGAGAAGAUCAACUUUCAAAACUGGCUCAAAGCCCUUUGCUAGCGAGGGAGUCUCUUCGGAGCUAUAACACCAAUUGGAACCUUGUUCACUACAAGUACAGCAGUUUUGGCGGAACUUAUCAUGAUUUGCCAAAGACACCAAAACCUGAGGAGCUGAGAGAGGAAAUUUACGAGAUUGACGCCGAUAUUGAUGCUAGUGAUGAGUCUUCAGAUAGAUCUGUGGAUAUUACAAAGCAAGGAAUUCUACUGAAGGGACCUGAGAGUGGCCAGGAAAGGAUAUUUGUUAAUUUGGCCUCAAAAACGUUCAAAAGGCGUUACUGCUAUUUAAAAAAAGAGGUAGAUGGAACCUACAUUCUUGAAAUGCAAAAACCUGAAAAGAGAGGAGAACCAAAGAGUGAUUUUGUAAUGGACUUUUGCACAGAAGUAGUCAAGAACCCAAAGCGCGGGCGGCACGCCUUUGAACUCAAAUUCGUGGGGAGCAGUUCUGGCAGUAGCUCCAAGGUUGUCUGUUUUGCUGCUGAAACUGAAGCCGAGAUGAAUGACUGGGUGGCUGCCUUGAGCUUAAUAGUGGCGCAAAAUAAACAAAACGAAGAUAAAAAGUCCUCAGAGAGAGAGUCUAUAUCUUCACCGGCUGCUCACGCCUUUUCAUUUGGAACCUUGAAGGGCUUGGAAAACAGCAUGAUACCAGAGCUGGUCAGAUACUCCCGCGAGACAGACUCUUCAAUUGCAACAGCGAGGCAAGAUAACCGCAGAAGGUUGUUUGCCGUCUGUCCGCAUUUGCCAGAAUCUGUAGCCAAAAAGGAGUCACUGGAGGCCACUGUCGAGCCAUAUAGGGAGCACUUUGGAUUGAGACUUAUGGUCAAGUGCGUGGGCUUUUCUCUCAAGCUUCACUCCCACGUUGGAGAUGACAAUGUUUCACAAAUUGAGCCAUACUUUCUCAUCUUGGCUAUUUUUGACGCCAGAGAUAAUAGAAAGUUGACUGAAAACAUUCAAUUUGAUGUCAACACAGAUGAAGCCAAAGCAAUGCUGGCGGAAGCCAUUUCUGAUAGUGAGGAAAAUGGCACCAAAGAAAAUGGGGUAGAGGCUUCCUACCCUCCAGAAUGGAGUAGCAUUCCUCACAAGUACUUGAACAACUUACGCCAGGCCAUAGUGAGUGUCAGCAAUCCUCACCCUGAGGUCUACCUAGUGUUGAGGGUGGAAAAGGUUCUUCAAGGAGCAAUCAACCAAAGCACAGAGCCAUACAUCCGACCCGGAAGGGACUGCAAAAUUGCUCAAAAAGCUCACAAAACUGCAAAGAUCUGCUGCCAAAGGCUGGGAAAGUACCGCAUGCCGUUUGCUUGGGCCGCUCGACCACUCUUCAGACAUACUAGUGGCCAACUCGACAUGUCUGCACAGUUUUCUCCUCUGUAUAGACAGGAGCCCAAUAAACUUAAUGACGAGGAGCUUCUGAAGAUGCUGCAAGACUUCAAAAAGCCUGAUAAAAUGAGCAGACUCACAACCAUUCCUGCUUCCAUCAACAUCAGCGUCACCUUCAUAACAGAUCCACCUGAAAAUUCGUUGACUACAUCCUUAGUGCCCAUUAAGCCAUUCAAUCCCUCAUCUGAAAUCAUGGCUUCUACGGAAGUUGCUGAGUUUGAGAACCAUUUAGCCGUGGAGAAUCCAGGCCGGCAGCCCUACUCAGUCCCCUGUCACCACCUUUAUGUAUACCCCAAGCAGUUGUGCUUUGAAGCGCAGAAAAUAUUUGCCAAAGCCAGAAAUCUAGCUUGUGUGGUCGAGCUCCGUGACUCUGACGCUGAGGAUGCAAAAGCCAUAAAAUGCAUAUAUCAAGUUCCGGGGAACGACCUAUUAGCGGACCAAUUCAUUUGUCCCGUUCUGCACCACAACCGCUCACCCAGCUGGUAUUCUGAGGUCAAACUCAGGCUGCCAGUGUGCUUGAGUCAGACGCACCACUUGCUCUUCCGCUUCUACCAUGUCACCUGCGAUGUGACUAAGAAGACGAGUCUAGGUGGAAGCAACUCGAAUACAAGCGUUGAGUCAAGCGUUGGCUUUGCUUGGUUGCCACUGUCCACUGAUGGAAGAAUUGAAACUGGUGACAAGGACCUGGCAAUUGCAGCGUCUCUUCCUGAUGGUUACUUGGCUGUGAAGCCUCUUGGGCUGGGCAAGGGAGUAAGUCGUUGGUAUUCCGGCCCAGAGGUUACUUGGUUAGAUGGGCACAAGUCACUAUUCAGAGUUGGUCUGCGCUUGGUUUCAACCCUUGCAACCACCGAUGGACACCUGCACAACAUGUUUGUGCAAGCGGAAAAGCUUUUGGAGCCUAAGCCUGUACAACUUCCUCCCAACGAACUAGAAACGUCUAAAGUUUUGAAGGCUGGGCAUGCCAUUCACAUCUCGACACUCUUGAACUUCCUACCCACCAUAUUAAACUUGUUGUUCAAUUUGCUGGCGAAAUGCGGAAACGUUGGCACUGUGGGCAUCGACACCAUGCGCCUGCUGUUGCACAUUGUGACUCAAACAAAGGAUGCAGGCCGACACGACGCUCUCGUGGCUUAUGUAAAAUAUGUCUAUGGGAGUUCUCACUCUGGAGACGGCGGCCCUCCUCUGCACGAACAGCUAGCAGUGCACAUGCCUGCGCUGCUGGACUCUCUUGCUGCCACCGAAAUGCAUUUGGCACUACAGCUGAUGAGCCAUUCCGGCUUUUUUCUUGAGAUCCUUGCCAAAAGCAUGGCCCAGCACCUUCUGGCUACAGGGAGAAUAAAGAUGCUACGAAACGAGCGCUUUUCAGCCGACUUCACUGCCUCGCUAGAAAGAAUGCUUGACACUCUAGCGCCUCGCGUGAUAAACCACUUCAAAGACCACAAGGAACACGCACAAGAACUGAAUACAAGCAUUGCUGUAUUUUUGAAGCGAUGCUUAAGUCUGAUGGACAGAGGCGUAGUUCUCGGCUUGAUUGGGCGCUACAGUCACAGAUUCAACUCUAGUGAGCACGCCAUGCUGAGCGAAUACAAAUACUCAUUCUUGGGCACCGUUUGCUGCCAUGAGCACUUCAUUCCAUUGAAUAUUCCAUUGGCGCCGCCGCCCCUAUCACCCAGUAGGAUAAAGAAAUUAGACAAUGGCCAAAACUGGAGUGCUGGCCAGCUGAACGAAGACUUCUGCAAGCAGCAUUUCUUAGCUGGUCUCUUGCUCCGAGAGCUUCAGCAUGCCCUGAACAAGGAGGUGUAUCAGGUGCGACGAGCAGCAGUGCGCACACUAAGGGACUUGAUGGCAAAGCACGAGCUUGACUCGCGGUACCAGAACAAGGGUCAGCUAGCCCGGAUUGCAUCACUGUUCCUACCUUGGCUUGAAAUUGCCAUUGACAAUAGAGACAGGCUGCCAAUCGUAAUAUGCAGGCACAGGGUUGGCGCGAAAUCAACAAAUGUGGCCUCUAGCAUAGCUGAUAGCAACCUGGGAGGAAGUAGCAGCAUCCUCUCUGCCGCCAGCUGUCCUCAAAAUGGCUUAAAAGAUAGAGCUAACCGCAACACUCUCCAUUUUGAUUCCUGUGGAUCGCCAUUCUUCUCUGGAGCACAUUCAAGAGAGUCUGUUGGGUUUUCUGCCAUCGCUGCUCAAGGUGUUUUGGUGGCUGGAUCUACGCAAAGUUUGGAAUCUGAUGAUUCAACCAUGUCCAUUGAUGCCGCUUCUGCUGCUUCACAAGAGACGGCAAUUGCAAAAGGACCAGGAAGCAUUGGAAGGAAUUUGAUGAACAACUCUCCUCAGCCACAUUUGCAACAUCGUGACAUGUUACAAGCUUCCGAGGCGCAGGAUAUUUUGCUCUGCUACCUGUUUGUGGUGAAGCAUGUUGGGGAUCAGUGUCUGGUAGCCUACUGGCAGCACUGCAGUCAGACCCAGCUUUUGGGAUUCUUCCAGCUCCUGCACAUGAGCCUAAUGAAGUUCCAAUACUUGGGUAAAAGACACCAAAGUGGAUUGGCCAGCAAAUUGUCUUUGGCCGCCGCGCCAGUUACCCAAAGUAAUGGCUUCAGAAGUAGAAAGGCAAACACUUUGCCGGCUCGCAUGGAGGCUCCUGCUUUUGGAACCGCAAGCGAAAGCUUUGUUGACCAACCCAACCCAAUCAGUGACACAAAGAGCUGGAAGUUAGGCAGGACUGUGUCACAGCACACGCUCCUUGAAGCAAACAUGGCUGCAGAAGUAGGCUUAAUCGUGCUUGACUGCGUUGGUCUGUACUGCAGACAGUGCCGAGAUUCUAUUUUGGCCGCAGAGGAUUCGCCAAUAACAGAGAAAAUCUUUGAAAUUUACCUCUCAUUCUUGCAAGUUGGACAGUGCGAAAGCAUCCUCAUGCACGUUUUUGCUGCUCUGCGUGCCUUUGUGAACAAUUUCUCACCAGUGCUAUUUCAAGGAAGUGCAAAAAUUUGUGGUCUCCUUUGCUCUGAGCUCUUACGUUGCUGCAAUUCUAAAUUAACAAAGACUAGACAAGAGGCCUGUGCAAUCGUGUAUCUUCUCAUGCGAAGCAAUUUUGAGUUUACUGGUCGGCAGGGAUUGACGAGGAUGCACCUUCAGUUGGUAAUAUCUGUCUCUCGCCUCCUUGGGAAUAUGGACGUGCUGAAUAACUCGAGAAUGCAGGAGAGCCUUUCCAUGAUCAACAAUUUUGCCAGCAGUGACAAAGCGAUGAAGAUGACAAGGUUCCCUAAAGAAGUCAGACAGUUGACCACACGAAUGAGGAAUGUCUUGAUGGCCACUGCACAAAUGCGUGAACACAAUCAUGAACCUGAGGUCCUGAAUGAGCUGCAGUUGAACUUGGCAGACUCGUAUUCGUGCACGCCAGAGCUGCGAAUGACGUGGCUGCAGGCGCUGGCAGAGAACCACACCAAGGCAAACUCGUACUCAGAAGCUGCUCUGUGUCACUUGCACAUGGCUGCUCUGCAGUCAGAAUAUUUGAAACAGAAAGGAAUCUUGAGCUGGGGUGCUGAAGCGUUUGCUGACAUUUCGCCAAAUAUCACAGAAGAUGAGAAGAACUUGAAAGUUGACUCUGGUGCUGCUGAGACGCAGUUCACAGAGGCUUCUCUGACGGAGCAGCUGACCCUCUGCUCAGACCUACUGGAGAGAGCAGAACGUUAUGAGCUGCAGGUGCCGCUUUACAGGUUGAUCACCCCGCUGUAUGAAUCAAGAAGGGACUACAAUGCAAUGGCUGCGGCCUUCAGACACUUGGCCCAGUCGUGCACCAAGGCGUCCGAGUGUGCUACCAGGGGAGGACGGCGUCUCCUUGGAACAUACUAUAGAGUUUCUUUCUACGGACAGGCAUGUUUUGAUGAAAACACGCAAGGUGUGGAAUACAUUUACAAAGAACCAAAGGUGACAUCCCUAGCUGAGUUAUCUGAGCGGCUGACCCACCAGUUUGCGAGCAAGUUCGGCCAUGGCGCUGUCAAAAUUGUUUGUGACACGGACCGCGCGGGUAGCGACAGAAAGGAGGAUGGAGGUUGGGUGCUAGUCACGCACGUCACCCCGUACUGGGAGCCCAGUGAACUUGGCUCCAGGCUGACCCUGUUUGAGAGGACCCACCACAACGUGCGAAAGUUCAUGUUCGACACUCCCUUCACCAGAAACGGACCUGCGCAAGGAGAGCCUUCGGAUCAAUGGAAGAGAAGAACGAUUCUAACAACUUCCAAAUCGUUUCCUUACCUGGUCCGCCGCUUGCCAGUGGUUGACAAAAGCGUCAUGGAGAUGAACCCGCUGAUUGUGGCGCUGCACGAAAUGAAGCAACGCGUGGCUGACAUGGAGGAAGUUGUUUACUGUAACCCACCGGACGCUAAAAGAUUGCAACUUUUGUUGCAGGGAAGUGUUUGUGUACAAGUCAAUGCAGGUCCUAUGGCCUAUGCCUCUGCAUUCCUCGACCCAACAAAGAACGCAGAGUAUUCUGAAGAUGAUUUGGAACAGCUUAGGGACAUUUUCAGAGACUUUGUCAAUGUCUGCUCAGAUGCUCUGCACCUAAACGCUAAACUAGUCUCAAGCGAACAGCAUAGCUACCAGGAGAUGCUCUCGGAAACUUUCCAGAAGAUGUGCCAGGAUCUUGGCGCCCUGAUGAGUGAGCCCAACCUUUUGGAAGAGGACCUCAUGAGCAAACGACAGAGCUGCGUCCUCUUCAGCGCCAUCAGCGGCCUGCAAAACGAAUCUAGUUACACGUAAUUAGCCAUUUACCGUUUAGAAUCUGUUGUAGCACUGUACGUUUAUUUAUUAAAUCGCCGUAAGUUAUCAUAAUGGGCCAUUUCCUCGUGAAACACGCAUGAAAGCGAACUCGCUAGGGCUGUUUUUCAACCCCCGAAUCUCGAAUUAUAAUAAUUGGAACGUAAUGAUCAAAAUCGCGUAGCAAUUAAUACCAUUAACCAUGUGUGAUAUUUUGCAUAGAUAUCACAGGAAGAAGUUUGUGCCAACCACGUGCCUUGAAAAAUAUUAUAUUACGCGCAACAUUCAUAGUGUCAUUUAUGCGAACAUUUUGUCAAAACGUGACAGUGAAACUUUGAUCGUUUGUUUUUUUCUCUCUCACAAAGUCAGCAAUUUUUUGCUCUUAUGUUCUUUGUAAAUUUUGCAAAGUUUUGCUGUGAUCGUGGUUGAUUUUGUCAGAUUGAAAUGUUAAAAGGGUUUAACAACCGGUUUACUUAUCCGGCUGAGGCAAUCAGAUAUUUCUGUAAUCUUGGUCGCACGAAAAUGCUCUUUCUCCUCGACAUCAAAUUUCUUGCAGACUGAUUUUUGCACCGUCAGACUUUGCAUCUCACAAUGUAACACACACACACACAUUCAAGUGCGGUAAUUUAUUAUCGCGCUCCUCAAAACGCCAUUAGUCACUGCGCGCGGCUCAACGGCCGCUCCUUCUUCCCAUUCAACCACCGAGCGCGCGGUGACUGUUGAAACCCAACUUGAAAAAGUUCAGCUCGAAAAUUUUUAAUGAGAGCCUGUUUGAGGUCCAGCCGGCCACUCAGCGCUGGCUCAGUCCGUUACACGCCUGCUGUUCCCCUUGGACGUGCGAGAGCUUCUAAUUUUUCAUUAAUUUCCUGUACUGGUUACUCAAGAUAUUUGAUUCCCACGGACGAUGAUAUUAUGUAGCAAAUCUUGGACAAAACGUGCCAUUUAGCGGGCUGCGCGAGAGCGUCAUUUCACUCGCGUGUUCUCCGCCAUCUGCAACUCGGUGAAUGCACUCUCGCCAAUUUUUUAGACGCGCACGCUGCCUGCAGCCUCUCCAGACGGCUGAAUGAGCGAAAUGAGAGUUCCUCUUGCUCACUCGCUCGCUCUCUCGGUUCGUUAGGGUUGGAAAUUUUAAUUUGAACGGUCCCGCAGUCUGCCGCUGCCGGCUAAUGAAUUUACUCCCGAGAGGCACGCUGCGCAUCAUUUAUAUCAUAUUGAUUGAAAAGUGCAUUGCAGCCAGCCAGGGACUCCCUCUUAAAAAUCGCAACUCGGAAAAAGUGCACAUGCGCCUUCCCCUUUGUAAUAAUUUUCGUUUUCAGCUGCCUGGGGACAAUUUCCAACGCCAGACUUCCGUGCGGAAAUUAAAUCUUUUCAAUCAUUUUUUUAAGUGCUACGGCGCUUGCAAUGAAUGAAAUUAAUUCUAGCAAUUAUUUUCAGGCUGUGUUAUUUCAAAGGGGGUUUGACAAAAUUUCGUCACUAAAUUAUCAGUCACUUGCAACAACAUAUUAAAUUUAUCUCUAAUUGUAAGUUAGUCAUUUUUCACCAACUUAAUUGAAUUUCAAACAUUCUAUGAGAGUGUUUAUUCAUUCCCCAUCAUAUUCGAUUAAAUUUCGUAACUUGAAAUAUUUAAAAGUUUCGCCUGCGCCGGAAGAAACAUCCUAUUAAAUUUCAUCCAAACUCGCCGGUAGAAUCGAACCAUAUCCAAACACUAGAAUCGUAUGUGUUCAAUUCUGCUCACGAAUUUUCGCACUUUUCAAACAUUUCCUUUAUCACAUACAGAUUUUAAAACUUCAAAAUUGAAGCUAAUGUUCCAAUAUUAUCCAUUAGGAAAAUUACUGACCCAAUUUCUGACCGUUAUGAUAAAUUAAAAGACGCUAAAAAAAGAAAAUUCCAGAAGGAAUUAAAUUCUCUUAAUUUUAGUUUUAUGCCCAGUAAUUAAAAUACUUUGCAAAGUAUUCAAUUAUAAUUAGGAAAUUGCUUCUUUUAUAUCUGGAAUUUUCUUUUUCUAUCUUAUAGAUUUUUUCACCGUAGAGGUUCAAAGCUACUCACUCGUCAAGAAAGUACAAUUUAUUAGAAACUCUCUGUUACGCUUUGAAUUUCAAUAUUCACUAACAGGUCUUCAUGGAUAUUCAUUAGAAGAGGCAAAAAUUCCAUUCCAAAGUUCACUAGCUCAAUCCUCUCACCUAAUCACUUUGAAUCGAUGACGGGAACGCAGUAAAUCACGCAAGACAAUAAUUUUCGGCCGAACAUGAAUGGGCGCCCCGAAAUAAAUUGCGCAUCGCCCGCUCUGCUCUACAGCAAUUACACUCGAUUGCACAUCCGUUUACUAGCGUAUGUCGGUCGGUAGUCAGGGGGUGCAAAUAGUAAUUUUCUAGGUCUUGCUGCGCCAUCCACUAUUGAUUAAACGAGCAAACGGAUCCGUCUGAUGCCCUGGGUUAUCAGUUUGUGUCUGUCGCUGCCGGAGCACAGCACCCGCCCACCCACCUACUCUCCAUUCGUGACACCACUCACACACACAUACACACACAGUCAGUCGAAUAACACACAAAUGCCCAAACAGUAAUAAAUUAUCCGCAAUUUCUCGGCGAUCGCGAGAAUCGCUCCACUCCACUCACCCGUGCGCGCGCCUUCGCAUGAAUAUUAUGGGCCUCAUCGCGACGGUCCUCGUUUUGCGUUGACUUACGAAAAACUGUUCCUGAUAUUUUAACUGUUUAGUCAAUGUUUUAAGGUGCAAUUAAUUCAUUAAUUACUCUUCAAAUCCUUGUUUCCUCGGACGAAGUACCUUUUUCAAUUGUGAGAUUCUCAACUUAUAUUAUACUCUGCGUUUCGGGCGCUGGUCCUUUUUUCAACUUUAGUUCUCAUACUCCCUGAGCCUUUGCUUCAGCGCGCGAAACCGCACAAUCUUCAAGCAUAGUUAUACAAUAAAUAUGUAAUACGUAUACAUACAAACUUGGAUGUGAUGGUAUAUACUGAUUGCGACAGUUUUCAAAUUUGAACUACUGUAAUUUAUUUAGAACGCUUUUCUGUUUUAUAAUUUAACGGACAUCUCCAAUUGUAAUCUCAGUUCUUAUUUGUUUGAAUAAAUAAAAGAAUUCUUUUCUCGUGAUCAA